AAGCCAAGACUGAAAAUAAACAACCAACUAAUUCGAAAGAGGAAAUUCAACGAUUACAAACCCAAUUAAGUUCUUUAAAGCAGAAAAUUAACAACUUAUCAGACAACACCAAAAAAACUCAAUUAGAGAAUAAACUAACCAAUACAGAAAACCAGGUAAACAAUCUUUCUAAUCAAGAAUCCACCCAAAAGUCAACUAUUAAAAAAUUAGAGGAGAAAAUUGAGGAGAUUAAGAAAGAAUUAGAGAGCGAUAAGCCUGAUAAUCCCAAAGAUAAUCCGCCCCAGGACAAACCUAACCCAGAUAGAAACGAUAAACCUAAUGACAAAGAUAGCCCGCCUGAGCCCGACCCACAACCAGAUAAUAAUAAAGGAUGA